UUGUCAUUUAUGCUUUUAGAUAAGUCUCGAAUAAUUGUUUCUUUCUUUUUCUCUCUUUCCUUUAGGAUAGAACUCGUUUAUGUAUAUAUGCAUAUACUCGUUCGUGAAUCGGAUGAUCUGUGAUUUUUCUUAUGUGUUGUUACCAUGGCUAAAACAUCAUAUAAAUUAAGUAGUGUACUUUUUGGGCAUACAUCGGAUGUGAGAGCAAUAGCAACUUUCGCAGAUGGAUCCAUAGUUUCUACGUCCCGAGACAAAACUGCUCGCGUAUGGAAACCAAGCGGGAAUGGAAAGGAUUAUAUUGAGACAGCAGUAUUAAAGGGACACACUAAUUUUGUCAGUUCUGUCUGCGUCAUAAAUCCAUCCGAGCAAAAUCCUAAAGGUUUAAUUAUAACUGGAAGCAAUGACAACACUAUAUGUGUCUAUGAACAAGAUCAGAUAGAACCAUUCCAUAUUAUAAAAGCACAUCAGAAUACAGUAUCUAAUUUAAGAACUGGAAAAGUAGAAAAUACCUUUCUUUCGAGUUCUUGGGAUAUGACGGCCAAAUUAUGGAGUACUAAGGAUUUAACAAAUCCUUUGAUAACUUUAACAGGCCAUACCGCAGCAGUGUGGUGUGUUACAGACUUAAUGGACGGUAACAUAGUAACUGGGUCUGCUGAUAAAUUGAUUAUAGUAUGGCAAAAGGAUGGUUCUAUUAAAUUUAAAUUAUCUGGUCAUAGUGAUUGUGUUCGUGGUAUUAUACCUAUAAAAGACAGUGAAUUCUUAUCAUGUUCUAAUGAUAGUACAGUACGACAUUGGAAUAGUACUUCUGGAACCUGUUUAGGAAAUUAUAGUGGGCAUGAAAACUAUAUUUAUAGUAUAACAGCUUUAACAAAUGGCUCUUAUGUUUUUACUUCUGGCGAAGAUCGUACUAUCAGAGUAUGGUUAAAUGGUGAAAUAGAUCAGAUUAUUACUUUACCUACACAAUCAGUAUGGUGUAUAGAUUUAUUACCAAAUGGUGAUAUAGUUUCUGGUAGUUCCGAUAGUAUUGUUAGAAUAUUUUCGCCAAUUCCGGAAAGAUAUGCUUCAAUUAAAACAUUACAACAAUUUGAAGAAGAAGUUGCUAAAACAACAAUUAAUAGUGAGCAAGAAUUAGGAGGUUUAAAAAUAAAGGAUUUACCCGACGCUAAGGCAUUAGAGCAACCUGGUCAAAAAGAAGGACAAACCAAAAUGAUAUCUAAUGGGAAUAAUGUCGUAGCAUAUAGUUGGUCACAAAAUGAACAAAGAUGGAUAUUAAUUGGAAAUGUGGUGGGAGCAUCUGGUGGUAGUACUGCUACAUCUGGAAAACAACUCUACAAUGGAAUAGAAUACGAUUAUGUUUUCUCAGUAGAUAUACAAGAUGGUGUUCCACCUUUAAAACUGCCAUAUAAUAAUGGUCAGGAUCCUUGGGUUGUCGCACAAAAAUUCCUUCAUGAUAACGAUCUUAGUCAAUUGUUCCUGGAUCAGGUUGCAAAUUUCAUAAUUAAAAAUUCUCAACAAAUUCCUAUCUUAAAUGAUAGUGUUCAAUAUAUAGAUCCAUUUACGGGAGGAAACAGAUAUAUUCCUGGAUCUAACAUAACUGAUAGUCCAUCAGAAUCUUCCUCCAGAAGUAAUCAGAGUUAUUCAAGUCUUUCCUCUGCAUGUCCUUCUUAUAUACCACAUAUGAAAUAUUUAAAAUUAGAACAAGCCAAUUUACUUGCUAUAAUCGAUAAAUUGAGUGAAUUAAACGCAAAACAAGAAUGUACUUCUAAGAUAUCCGAAGCAAAAUUAGAAAUAAUAAAACGCUUGAUGGAAAAUAAGAUACAUGAAAAACAUAUUAUAGCUGAUGCUGUUGAUAUAUUAAAUCAAAUUUUAAAGUGGCCUGAGAACCUUGUAUUUCCAGCUCUUGAUAUAGCACGUCUUGCAGUACUCCAUAAAGAUAUAAAUGAGCAAAUAAGUACACCAGAUAUAUUAAAAAUAAUAGACAAACAUAUUAAACCUGGAGCAAUAGCUUCAAAUCAAAUGCUUACAUUUAGAUUACUAGCAAAUUUGUUCCAUCAUGAAAAAGGAGAAAAUUUUUGUCUCUCCUACAAAGAUGAUAUAUUAAAAGCAGUAUGUAAUUUAAAUUCUCUUGGAAAUAAACAGAAUCAGAUCGCAAUAUCAACUUAUAUGUUGAAUUUGAUAGUUGCACUUAAUAAAUGUAAUGAUACAUCUGGUAAGAUAAGAAUUUUAAAUACAAUGUUUAUGGUACUUCCUCGUUUUAAUGAACCUGAAGCUGUAUUUAGAGCCCUUGUUGGACUAGGAACUCUGUUGGCUGCUACACUGAAUCCAGAUGAGCGUAAUGAAUUAAUUAAAGCUGUGCGUCAAUCAGAAAAAAUACUCGACGUACUAAAAACUAUGUCUGAAAAUGCACAUGAUGUUAAUAUUCAAAAGAAAGUAGCUAACUGUUCAAAACAAAUUAUAGAUUUGAUUACUUAAAUGUUUGACUUAUAAUUUCCUCCAUACAGGUAAUUACUUGCAAGAUUGUUCAAUAAUUUAUAUACAUACUGAAAAAAGAAAGAACAAAUAGUUUUAUAACUUAUGAUUUUCAGCAUAUAUAUAUUUCUUGUUUCAAAAUAAUACAAUUAAUUAUUGUUAAAUUGUUCUUUAAAUUAUUUAUAAAUUGGAUACUACAAAUAAGAAACAACAUUAUACAUAAAAUAUGUGAUCUUUUCUAUUAAAUAAAAUAGAUCUGUUUACAUAUCAUUUUCUAAUAUAUGUAUAUAUAUAUAUGUUUUAUUAUAAAUGAAUUAAAUAUAGUCUCAUAAAGAUGUUCAAAUAAUAAUUGAUAGUAUUUAUAAACUGAUAUAUACGGUUACAAAAAAUGUAUCAUAUUAAUCAAAUUUGUACGUGAUACAGACAAUUCAUAGUAGACUGAUGAUAAAUAAUAACUCGUAAUAUACAAUUAUACUUAUAUUUAUACAAAUGUGAAAAUUUUUAAAUGAGAUAGUACGUUUAAUUUAUUUAUUAAAUAUUAAUUUACUUAAUUAAACAGCAUUCAUUUGACCGUUUAUGCAAUGAAUAUGAAUAAUCGAUAACGAUUUAUUGAUAUUUUUUGAACGAUCUAUUUAGUUUUAUUAUAUCGUAAAACUACAUCAUAUGUCAUUUAAAACAAGGAAAAUUAAUUUACUAAAAUGACAGUCCUUUAUUUGUCUCGGAUAAGAUAGGUUGUAUUUCUAAUGAAAUUAGUCAAAAUAUAUACAACGAUGAAUAUAAAAUAAUUUAUGUAAUAUACGUAAUAUUUGAUUAAAUUUUCUUGGACAUUUGUCCUUUAAACAUACAACAGA